UAUAUGUAAAUUUCAAUAUCCUACAUAAUCGUCACAUGGCCAUCAAUAAUAUAUAAACAUAUUCCAUGUACUAUACAAAUUAUUAUUACAUUAUAAAACCAUAACCAGCAGCAUGCAUCUCUAUAAAAGCACACCCCAAUUUCAACAUUCUUCAUCGAGUAAUUAUAUCAGUCUAGUACACUUCUCUCCCUCUCGAUCGAGUAAUAAUAUACUUUGAGAAAAUAUGGCUUACUCUAAGACCCAAGUCCUCCUCCUUUCCCUAAACUUGGUAUUCUUCACCAUGGUUAGCUCUACCUAUGUGCCUUGCCCACCACCGCCGACCUCAAAAGGUCACAAACACCAUCCCAAGAACCCAUCAGCACCGGCUGUCCCUGUCCCUGUCCCUAACUACAAAGCCAAGUGUCCUUUGGACACCCUUAAGUUAGGAGUGUGUGCAAACUUGUUGGAUGACUUGGUUCACCUUGUGGUUGGAACCCCACCCAAGACCCCUUGCUGCCCACUCAUCUACGGCCUCGUUGAUCUAGAAGCUGCCGUAUGUCUUUGCACUGCUCUUAAGGCUAAUGUGUUGGGCAUCAACCUUAAUGUUCCAGUUUCAUUGAGCUUGCUUCUCAACUACUGCGGCAAGGGUGUCCCAUCUGGCUUCCAGUGUCCUAAUUAAUUGCAUGGUUUAGUUUUAUCUUGAUCGAUCGGUGCUACGUACGUACGUACGUACUACUCGAUCUUCUUUCUUAUUCUUAUUAUUUUGUUUCUAGUUUUGAAAGUACUUGUUUUUGAGCUCUUGCUCUUAUAUAUUGUGUAAUUGGCUCAUCAUGUCAUGCCAUUAACAAUAUUUAUAUUAAUAAACUCUUUUUUGAUUGAUUUGUUUUUAUUAAUGUAUCAAGGAAUUAUUCUCGAUCAUCAUCAUCAUGACCAUUAUUAUUCUUCCUGGAAGAGUAGUGAAGUUAAGAGAUCGAUUUUAAUAUAAUAAUAUGAUUAUUUGAGUAUA